AUGUGUUUAAAUUAUCGACAAAAUCCAAAAAAUGAUAUACUUUUUUUUCAGGUAUUUACCGUUUCAAUUCUCGGCAAGAAAUUUGAUAACGGUAAAGUGGUUAACGUUGCAAACGCCAAAAGUUUUUGUAAGAAGAUAAUCAUCGAUACAGGAGUUCAUAUCGAAAUUAGCACCACAAAGACUAAAGCUGAUAUGACUUUCAUAGUGAGUGGUAAACAAACUAACGUAGAAGAAGCUAAGAAAAGGAUAGUCUCUAGUAUCCAGACGCAGGUAAUUGUAUUAAUAUUGGAACUAUUAUAAUAUAUUAUUACUAUACACUAAACUAUUAUACUACCUUUAAAAAUGCCAGAGUGCGACAAAAAUCUGUCUUCCAGUUCACUUAUGAAAUAAUCAAUGUAGGGUAGUGGUAUGUAACCUGGGGGUCGUGAAAUUAUAUUGGGGUGUUACCAAUAAUUUAACACCAAAUUAAAAAGUUAUAUACGAUAUGUAGGUAUAUUAUUUUAAACAUUUAUUUAAGAUUAGCAGUGUCAAUUAUCAAACCAAAUACAGAAUCAAUCAUUUGUUCAAUGUAAGCUCAGGUCUCUCAUUAAUACCAUUAAAUCAUGUUAUCACAUUACCUAACCUAGAAAUUUUAUAA